CUCCGGAAAUGUCCUGUUUUGAAAUGCGGCUAGGCUAGCUAAUUAGCUUUCACUUAGCUAGCCUUUUGAACACCUGCAUUUGGAGACAUUAUUUGAUUUCCAAAAUGUCAAUUUGCGUCGUAAAGCAACAACACGUAUGGAGCAAACUAUUGGCGUUAAAGUGACGCCAGUUCAUUCCGUUCCUCAGCGUUUACUAUGAGCUCCCUGUCAGCCCAGGCAUCAGCCUCAGGCACACCAUGCAGGGCACUGCCUGGAGAGGGAAAUCAGGUCAAACCUAAGGCCCCGCUCUUGCAAAUACUGCGCAUUGCUGGAGCCCAGGAGGAUGUCUUCACACUCAAAGAGGUGAUGCACUACUUGGGCCAGUACAUUAUGGGGAAACAGCUCUAUGACAAACAGAGGCAGCACAUUGUUCACUGCCAGGAUGACCCUUUAGGAGAGCUACUUGAAGUGGAGAGCUUUUCCGUGAAGAACCCAAGCCCAGUGUAUGAAAUGCUCAAGAAAUACAUCGUCAUACUUGGUAGUGCUGACGCUGCAGAGAAUCUUUCUGUGGGCCAUGAGUGUGUUGAGGGCGGAGUGGAAGAUCGUGGUCAGAUGUGUGGGGGUGCAGUCAAAGCAGGACCAGAGGCUUCCAGUGACGGGCCUCCCCUGCCAACCUGUUCCCAGAGAAGACCUCGAGAGUCUGAUGAAGAUUCCGUUGAAGGUUUGUCACGUACGGCCUGCAAACGACCCAAAUUAGAUGUCACUCUUGAUGACUGGGACCUCUCUGGGUUGCCCUGGUGGUUUCUGGGUAACCUCCGCAGUAACGACACCCACAGGAGCAACGGGUCCACUGAUAUUCACACCAACCAAGAGGAGGACACGGCCAUCGUGUCAGAUACCACGGACGACCUCCGGUUUCUGACGGAGGGCGAAAGCGAGCAAGUGAGCGUGGAGAUGAAGGAGGCCAAGCUGGAGGCAGGGAGUGCGGGAGAAGAUGCUCCACUUGACGAGGAGGAUGGAGCAGGGAAGGAAGAGAAGGCUGAUCGAGAGAUGCAGGAGGAGCCGGAUGAAGACUCUCAGUGUCUCAGUGAUGACACAGACACCGAGAUCUCCACACUGGAUGCUUGGCAGUGCAGCGAGUGCAGGAAGUACAACUCUCCUCUCCAGAGGUACUGUGUCCGCUGCUGGGCCCUGCGCAAGAACUGGUACAAAGACGUGCCGCGGCUCGCCCACUCCCUCUCUGUUCCCGACAUUCCGGCAUUCACCUCCCUGAGCGCGCGCCAUGAGGACGACGACGACAGCGACACGGGCAUCGACAUCCCCGACUGCAGCCGCACCGUUUCCGACCCGGUUAUCCUGCCCUCCCAUUCCACCGCCGACCGGCCGCUGCCCACCAUGACGGCUCGCCGGGCCGCCGUCCUCAACGACGAGCUGGUCUCCAGCGGGGAAAGUCAGGAAAGUCUAGGCAUGGAGGUAGAAUGUCACCCGGAGGCCCUGCUGGAGCCGUGCAAGCUCUGCCGGGUUCGACCCCGUGAUGGUAACAUAAUCCACGGACGCACGGCCCACCUCCUCACUUGCUUCCCGUGUGCCAGGAGGCUCCAUAAAUUCCAGGCACCUUGCCCGGGAUGUGGCAAGAUUAUCCAGAAAGUCAUAAAGAUAUUUGUUGUCUAGAAAUGAAUGGAAUCCAUUAUAGCUCAUUUGCAUGCAAAGUGAAUGUUCAGCACCAUCCCAGUUUAGCACUUUGGCUCCUCUGAAGGACGGAUGGAGCCACAUUUUCUCUGUGCAGCACUCUCUCAAGGCAUUAAUAAGAGCAGAGUUAUAUUUAUUUAUGAGUGGGUGUGUAGCUUUUUUUUUUUUUUGUGCCCUUUUUGAAAAUGGUUUGAAUGGUGCUACAUUAAGGAGAUUUUCUUGUCCCCCCCCCCCACACACACACACAAUUUGUUUCAACUUGUACUGAAUGAGAUUUUUUUUUUUUUUUGCUGCAUCCCUUUGUUUUUAGUGUACUGUCUCUUGGAUGCAAGUAGACCUGAAGGAUGAAACCAUAAUCCUCAAUCUGCCUCAUUGCUCCUGUUUGUGUUCAGUAAAAUUCUAAUUGAUCAAAUUAUCGCUUAACUUUCUCUGCAGUCUUUUUUUUUUUUUUUUUUUUUUUUUUUUUUUUUUUUCUCUUUGUGUAAAGAAUGGUUAUACAAAAUUUCUCUCAGGAGGCUGGAUGUGACCCGCCUCCCUGAUGAUGAUGGUAUUUAAUUUAUUUAUGUUUUUAAAUUUGAAAAGACUGCACUUGUGCUCCUGUAGAGCUUGUAAAGUCAAUUUGCAAGUAGGCCAAAAGGUAUAAAUUGUAGCCUGUUAAAGGAGUUGGAAGGGAGAUUGAGGAUUGAUUUUUGAGCUUUUCACUGCCUUUUAAGUGUUUUUCCAUUUAUCUAUUUGUGGCAUUUGUUUCAAUGUCUUUUUUUUUUUUUUUUUUUUUUUAAAGAAGCUUGUAAUACACAACAGCGCACAUGUUACUUUUUGAGUGAUGUUGAGCUUUCUAUGUCACCAGGCUUCAGUGAAGUUGAUUUUAUGCUCUUUGCGCUUAAUUUUUUCUGCCUGUAGGGCAGACAAGUCCUGUGAUUGUGAUGAGCUGUACAUAAAGCACUAACAACAUAAGGAGACGGAUGGAUGCAUGUCUCUAACUACUCGAUGCAUCAUGAAUGCAUGGGAGAGUGACAGCUACAUUUUGUGUAAGAUAAUGUGGUGCAGCUAGUAAAGCAUUGCUGUCAUAGUUUUGGGGUCCUGGGUUCAAUCUCAGACCCGCCUGUGUGGAGUUUGCAUGUUCUCCCCGUGCCCGCAUGGGUUUCCUCCCACAUCCCAAAAGCAUGCAACAUUAAUUGGACACUCUAAAGUGCCCCUAGGUGUAAUUGUGUGACUGUUUGUAUCGACGUGCCCUGCGAUUGGCUGGCAACCAGUUCAGUUCAGGGUGUACCCCGCCUCCUGCCUGUUGGCACUCCCCAUGUCCCUCAUGAGGAUGAACGACAAAAGAAAAUGGUAAAGAAUGUGGCUGGUUUCUCUGACAUGUCUACAAUAGAUUAAAACAUUAACAAUCGAUGUGAUGUGAAGCAUGUUUAAUAGUCACAUGGUUGUUAUACUGAGAUGGCAAGUUUUAUUUAUAGUGAGUUUAGAAAAGUGAAUGCAAUUGAAUAAUCUGGAGAUUCUAAAUUGGGGAGCAAAUUUAUGACCAAAACCAACAUUUGAUGUUCACAUCAGAUGUCGGACAAGUCGUAAAAGACAUGUUUGUAGACCUUUGUCAUGAACUUUCCGGUUGUAUUUAAUUCUACUCCAGUUAACCAUGUUUCUUUCAGUUUGACUAAGAAUUUUAUGUACAGUAAAUGAAUUACUGAGUUAAAUAAAAGUGUACAUUUUUAACCAA